AUGCAGGCGCUGGCAGCAUGCAGACGGUGCGCCGUGUCCUCGCACAGGGCGUUCUCCCGGCCCCAGGCGCGGCGUCUGAUUGCCUCCUCGCGAGCAGCUGCGUCGUCUGGCUCCAGCGGCCCCGCGGAGACCGAGCGGCGCGUGUCGCACAUUCUGCUCAAGGGCAGCGAUGCACGCGAGAGGGCAGAGGCGCUUGCGGCGACCGUGGGGAACGAAACCUUCGCUAGCAUGGCCAAGGAGAUGUCGGAAUGCCCCUCAGGCAAGGCGGGCGGCGACCUCGGAUGGAUUUCACGCGGGCAGAUGGUCCCGGCGUUCGAGGAAGCGGCCUUCUCCACCGACGUGGGCUCCAUCGCGCUGGUCGACACGCAGUUCGGCUCCCACCUCGUCCGCGUCGUCGGCGAGCGCGCCAAGCCCACCAUCCGCAACAUGUCGGUCUCGGAACUACAGGAGCGUCUGUGCGACCCCUCCUGGACGGACCAGGCGGUGCUCGUGGACGUCCGCGAGCCCGGCGAGCACGACGCGGCCUCCCUGCCCGGGUUUAUGUUGUACCCCCUGAGUCAGUUCAACAGCUGGGCGGGGGACUUCGCGGGGGCGUCCGAGGCCGACAAGGCCCGCGAACACGUCAUCCUGUGCCACCACGGCAUCCGCUCCAUGCAGCUGGCCGCCUUCCUGACGCAGCAGGGGUACUCCAACGUUGCCAACGUGUCAGGCGGUAUCGACGCUUACGCGCGGAUGGACAACUCCGUGCCGCGGUACUGA